UACACUUCUGCAAUCUGUGUAGAAACUCCUGACAACAUAACAGAAAUUAGCUUCAUUUAUUUCCGCUACUGCUUCAUGAAUCCUGCCAAUAACAUCAUCCUCCUCGCCAACAGGCGUAGUAAAAUAAACCUUUUCUUUUAUGUAUCCCCAUAACCAAAAGUCUAUCGGAGUCAGGUCAGGAGACCGGGGUGGCCAUGGUGUUGGUCCACCCCAUCCAAUCCAUUUAUUAGGAAAACGGCGCGCGGCGGUUCAAAAUAUGUCGUACUUGUAAUGUGGCAUGUGCGAGCACACCAACAUACUGAAACCACAUAGUUGCACGUUGUUGUAGAGGAAUAUUUUCUAAAUUUUUUUUUUUUUUUGAGCAUUUGUGGAGCUGUGAUCAGUGUGAGGCAAAGAUAUGUACAGAGUGUUCAAGAUUGACUGCAUCAGAAAUUAAAUGUAUGAAGUUAAUAAAAGGAAGAAUUUUGAAGUUCUAUUGUAAAAGUUGCUUGGAAGAUGAACCAAAAAAAGAAAUAAUAGAGGAAAUCAAGAAGCUCAAUACAGUGGUGAAGAAGCAAACAAGUAGGAUAGAAACUCUCACUGAAGAACUACUGAUGCUGACAAAAAAAUUUGAUAAAUUAGAAGAAAAAAGUACAAAACAGAGUAAUGUUAUAGAAUCAGCAGUGAUAGAAAUAAAAAGUAAUGUAAACACAAAACCAUUAUACUCCCAGACAGUAACAGGCAAUAAAGUAAAUGGGAAAAAUACUUCUAAUAGCAAAGACCCAGUUUUAAUUGUCAAACCAAAGGAAGUACAAAGUAGUGAUAAAACAAAAAAAGAGAUUAAGGAGAAGAUUGAUCCAAGUAGAUUAGGUGCUGGAGUUGCUGGAUUGAGGGAAGCGCAUCGGGGUCAAGUGGUAAUAAGAUGUGGGAAUGAAGAAGCUCGAGAGAAAAUUCAGAAUAAAAUAUGUGAGGAAAUGUCAGGGGAUUAUGAUAUUAGAAAACCAAAUUUGAAAUAUCCAAGAAUUAAAAUUAUUGGAGUAAAUGAGGAAGACGAUGACACAGAUGACAAUCUCUUGAAUGCAAUAAAAGAUCAAAAUUUAACAGAACAUGGAUCAGAAGAAGGAUUUCAUUUGAAAAUAAUAAAAAGGAUAAAAAAAGCAAAUAGAGAAAUUACAUUAAUACUAGAAGCUGACUCAAAGACACAUAAUAUACUGUUAAACAAGGGCAAAAUUUUUAUAGGAUGGUCGAGAGGCAAAGCUUAUGAUUAUGUUCAUGUUGUUAGAUGUUUUAAGUGUUUUGGCUUCAACCAUAUGGCCAAGGACUGUAAAAAUAACAAUAUAUGUUAUAAAUGUUCAUUGGAACAUACAGGAGAAUGUAAAGCCAGAUAUAAUAAGUGCAUAAACUGUAGCAAUGCAAUUGAAAAGUAUAAAAUAAAGAUAAAAGAUAAUCAUAAUGCAUUAGAUCCAAAAUGUCCUUGCUAUAUAAGAAUAUUAAACAGCAUCAAAAGGAAAAUUGAUUAUUUGGAUGAUCAAUAG